UAGAACUGGAAUCUUUCCAAAUCCACUGACACUGUGUAUUCAAUAAAUAAUUAAUUUUAAAUUUUACAUAUAGUGUGGUUGAACUUGAUAUACAGAUAAAAAGCAAGUUAAAACAAAGUUAUUCUUAGGAUAGUGAAACGAAACACAUAAGUGCAGUAUGUUCAAGAUACCGGACUUUUUCCCGAGUGUAUCUCAAAGGUUGUCGUAUGUUUUGGACGAUAUUGGUAUAAACGAAGAAACCGUUAUAAUGCGGCGGAAGUUUGGAUUGCUGAGAGAAAGUCUGCUUACGCUGAAGUAUAGAGUACGCUCCGAGAAGAAAACACUCUUCCAUUUCGGGAGUCAGACAGAGGGAACAACUACAAAGGACCUGAAAUCAGACCUAGAUGUAUUAUACUGUGAUGAAAGAUUCAAUACCAUGCAAGAUGAAAGUGAAUGGAUGAGAGGAAAACUAAAUCUUUUAAUGAUAGAGGAUGACACUACACCACCGGGGUACGUAAAACUUCAACUUUGGAAGAAAAAUAGACCGGAAGCUAGGGAAGAGUUACCUAAUGACCCGAAGAACAACUUUAGUUUGGAUCCUCGUCGGAGAGUUUUAAUGAAGAACUCAGCCUUAUAUUCAUACUGCCAAUACGGUCAGUUAGGAGGAUAUAUCCAUGGGCCUGCUAUUACAAAAGAAAAUCCAAAUUUUGAUGUUGUAGACGCCAUUUUCUGCAAAUCUUGGCCAAGGCAUGCUAUCAGAGGGCAUGAUAUAGUACAAUGGCAAGGCGAAUCCAUGAUGAAAUACAGUAUCGGUGGGGGUUGCUUUGUUGUCCCAGUUGGACAGUCUAAAUCGAAUGAGAGUUUUGAGUGGAGAAUAUCCACUUCAUUAGCUGAACGAUGUUUUAUGUUUAACUUGAACAUUACACAGUUAAGAUGUUACGUUUUACUAAAAAUGGUGACAAAAUCGAUUCUCCUUGGUGAGACACUCUCGAGCUUUCAGUGUAAAACUGCAAUUAUGCAUUUGGUAUCAAGUACAGACGGAAAUAUUUGGAGGGAAGAUAACUUACUUAUUUGCGUGUUAUUGUGCCUUCGCUUGUUAUCUAUAUUUCUUUCAAGAAAUAAUUGUCCACAUUACUUUAUUCGAGAUAAUAAUUUGCUCACAGGAAGGCUGGACACAAAAUCAAGACUAGCCAUUCAAAAGCAGUUGGAGCAGUUGGUCGUUGACAAAUGCUUUUUCAUCUUAGGUAUCAAAAUAGACAAGUUAGGCGAUAGGUUAUACUUACAUUGCAGUCCAUUGCGUCCAGGAGGCAAUGUCUCAGAUAGUUCAGAAGAUGAUUCAGUGCAAACAAAACAUUUACAAUUUACUGCAUUGUUCAGAGUGCUCCUUGCAAAAUAUAUGGAAAUUAUUAAUUUUCCAUCUGCACCUCGACCGCCACCUCAGCCGAAUGGUAGACUUGCGGGACUUUUUAACAGAAUUUGCAACUUUACCAAUCAACUUGUUUCACCUUUAAAGGCUGUUUCAUGGCAAACGCAAGUGGUUAACGUAUUGCUGUUUUAUCGUAUGGGAAAUGCCCUACAGAAAUCUACUGCGCUGAUGUUAGCACCAUUGCUAUGCACUUCGUAUGGUUCAUUUCUAGCAUCAUACUGCUUAUCACUUGGUGCGGAUGUUUCCGCUAAAGCUAUGGAAUAUCUUCUUCUCGGUGUUGAUUCAGAUGUGGCAGCUGGGUAUCUAAAGCUUGCGUCUGUGCUACUUCUUGCAGGUCAGUUCGAUAACGCAAAUCUGGCUCUCCAGUAUGUGGAAGAAGAUUAUGAUACAAACAAUGUUGAACCGAUGUGCCAUUGUGUGAGUACCACUCGUUUUCUCGAAGACAUUCGUGUUCCGCUAGACAUAUUUGGUAGUAAUGAACACAAGCUUAACUCUUGCGUAGCAUUUGGGGUAGUAUAUACAAGAGACGAGAUGCACUGUGUUCCCAAAGCUCUAAAGUAUGAAAUGUUUAGAUGUACAAGGGAGGAAACAUUGGCCAGAAAUGACAAGCAGGACUACUGGAUGGACUGGGCAGUAGUGGAUAGCUUCCCAUUUCUAUAUUUCUUGAAAUAUCUGACUCUCGGAAGGCUGAAUCAACGGGAAGAGCAAAUGGCAGUCUUAACAAAAUUUCAGAAUGUGUUUCUAGAGGAACCCAAUCUUUUCCACAGGGACACCGCUUUCAAUCUGCUUGGACAGUGCAUGGAACUUGAGAACAGAAUGGCAGACGCACUGGGAUGUUAUAGGAUGUCGCUGAAAGAAAGACCAACACAUAAUGUUGCACGGUGGCAUGUUGUAAAACUCUUGUACAUGUAUGUACAAUCAGCUCGGAGGGCACCUCAAAAAGACAAUGAUAAAUCUAUAUAUCUAUAUCGGCGAGUUAAGUCUGCUCGGUAGAUAAGUGUGAAAUACUUAAUUAUUAUAAACUUUUGGCAUGGAAGAAAUUACGUGACUAUGAUAACAGGAUGAAAGGAUGGAAAGGGCUUAUUGAUCUCUAUUACAAGUAUAUAUUAAAACGUGUUACAUCUUCCACAUUCACAUCACAAGGAAACAGAGGAUUAACCUCAGUGUAGGUUUUCUACAAACUGUUGACUUACUGAAUGUUUGGAAGCCGAUAUAAUUGGUUAGGUUUUAUGUCUACUAAGUGUUCUUAUUCUAAACUCUGAAUCUUCUUUUCGACUGUGUUGGGUUUAACGUCAUACCUACACAAUUAUAGUUAAUAUGUCGGCCUUCCAGCUUUUCGGGGUAGAGAAAGACUCCAGGUGCCCCUCUAGACAAUAUUUCAAGGCGGGCACUUGUGUAGAACCAUCAGCUUUCAGGUUUGAUAGUUUCUUUACCUGAAAUAAUUCGAAACCUCGGCGGGGAGGGUCAAGUGAUUUGAAAUCCGCAUCCUUAACCACUCUCAACAUAAAAGUUUUAUGAAAUUUAUAAUAUUUCACUUUUAACUUGGAAUUACUAUGACUGGAUAAAAUACAAACUAUUAAGGCCGCUAUGAUUGUGCUUUUAUUACGGAAAUGUUUCCUUGGUCUUUGUGGUCUUGUCUAAUGUUAUCAGAUCUAUCUGUUUAUGGUACGUCUUGUAACGUUUUGUUAUUAAUCGCGCUGUGGGUGUGCAAAGGCUUUGUUUUUCAAGUUGUGUUAUCUUGAGGUAGUAUUAUAACAAAUAUAGGAAUGCAUGAAAUAGGUAUAGAAUUACUUUUCAAACACGAUAAUACAAUUAACAUUAUUUCAAAAUACUUCAAUAUCUCUAUUUACAUAUCUUUCCUUUAUUUGAAUUUUGUCUUUUCAGAACAUUUGUAUAUGGUAAAGGCUGUUAUCAAAAAGAUAUUGACGAAAAUGUCUAGACUGAUCUAUUUCAUUUUGUUUUCAAUAAAAUGUUCAUACUCAUA